ACAUACACUGUCUUGUACGAUUCAGGCGUUUCAGCUGAUUUUAACUUCUUAUACCUGCCGCCUUGUAGUAUCGCCUCAGACACAAGCUUUAGUAUCUAGUAUCCACCACAAUCUGUCAUGGUGUCGUCUUGCCCAUCCGAUAACACCUCAGAAGUGGACCAAUCCAGUUUCUGGAGCUCUGGCAAUCUGAACUGGGACCAACACCGAAUAGGAUGGGCGAUUGCAGGAGGAUGUGCUAUGCUAACAGUUCUUAUUUCAGUGAUUUCAGUCUCGGGGCAUUGUCGAAAUUAUACCAAACCCAGCGAGCAGCGUCAAAUUCUACGGAUCCUGUACAUGCCACCAGUAUAUGCUGUUAUUUCAUUCUUUUCCUACCGAUAUUUCCGGAGUUACACAUACUACUCGCUCAUUGAAGCCGCAUACGAGGCUGUCACGUUAAGUGCAUUUCUACUCCUGCUGAUCGAAUUCGUGGCAGCCACAGCCACAGGUGGUGAUGCCACAAAAGCAAUUGAACGAAAGGAUAAAAGACCGCUACCGAUUCCUUUUUGCUGUUGGAGAUACCGACCAACAAAGCCUUACUUUAUGUAUACCCUCAAGUGGUCAGUUUUACAAUACGUUAUCAUCCGACCAGCCGUAUCUAUCGCUGGUAUCAUCUGUCAAGUAUACAACGUGCUUUGCGAGUCUGGCCCUUAUAGCAUAUAUUAUGCCAAUGUCUAUCUCGAGGCUGCUGAUUUUGCCAGUAUUAGUGUGGCACUCUACGGUCUUUUGCUGUUUUAUGGACUUACCAAGGAGGAACUAGUUGGGCGACGACCAUUAGCCAAAUUUCUCUCCAUCAAGCUCAUCGUGAUGUUCACUUUUUAUCAGUCCUUUGUCUUUAGCGCACUUGAAGGCCGCGUCAUCAAAGCCACCCAAUACUGGACUGCGGCCAAUAUCGCAGAUGGUCUUAAUGCGCUGACCAUUUGCAUUGAGAUGGUUUUCUUCUCAGUAUUGAUGAUGUGGGCAUACACAGUCAAUGAAUAUAAGGUGCCAGGAAACAAGAAGACAAGCAUAUGGCGUCCAUUAUGGGACAGCGUCAAUUACUGGGAUUUUGUUACAGAGAUAGCGGGCUCACUCAAGUUCUUCUUUAACCACGCCCGUGGCGCCUCGUCAACUCACUCAAGUAAGAAGACGGAUUUUGCACAUGCAUUUGGGAUCAAUGGCAGGUCAGUGGCAGAUGGCGGUAGGUCAACCGAGGAAUCAAUAAGGCUAGCUCCAUAUCCCUACAGUGACCCCCACAACGCCGACAGCGCCAGUCCCGUAUUGUCAUAAAUCAGGUCAAAUUAGCGUUACACAUCCAGGACACCUUCGUUAUCUAUACCUGCUAUAGUCUCACUUUACUUGCUUUCUUCUAUAUAUCCACACUCUUUACCCAUGUCUAGCUGUGCUAUUGACCUUUGAUAUGACCGACUACGUGACGCCACAGAACUUGGGCACUGUUGAACACGUCCGCAUGUAUGAUAUUGUACGAUACCGACUUUGUACAGUAAAUUAAUUGGGUCCACAUAUGUAUCUGGUAGAAUGGGAUAUAACAUGCCAGCAUCUUUUCUGCA